AUGGCUGACAAGGGCGAUAACACUGGUGAUCUCAAAAUCAUCACCAAAGAUGAAGUUGCCAGGCACAAGAGCAAAACGGACCUAUGGAUGAUCUUGCACAACAAGGUCUAUGAUGUGACACAAUACAUUGAGGAGCACCCUGGAGGGGUGCCUAUUCUAGUUGAGUCAGCAGGUCAGGAUGGCACGGAAGCUUUUGAGGAUAUUGGCCACAGCACGGACGCACGCGAGAUCAUGGAGAAAUACUUGAUAGGCAAAGUACCUGAUGAGGAACGAACUGAAACAUCAGUUAAUAGGGAGCCAGAAGUUGUCCCUAAAUCUGUUCAUGUUGCCUACGAGGGAUCAUCCGACGAUCAGGGUCCACUUCGCUCCAUAAGAACUGUCUUCAUGGGCCUCCUUUUUACCACCCCGUUUGUUCUCCUUGUCACAUGGUACAUUCGAACAUUACAAAGGCUGCGUAGCGCUACGGGCUUUUGGAAAGGGAUUGGCAUCUCAUCUCUGGCUAGCAUAUCGCUCACAGCAGCGGUAACGGCCUGGUUGCGGAAGUAUUCGAAGGGUGCAAAGAAUACUUCUUACCCUGCGCAUUACAAACCAGAAGUGACGGUCUCUAAGAGAAGAAACGUCAGUGCUGGUGUCCUAAACCCGCGGGAGUUCCACAGCUUUCCUCUGGCGGAGAAGUAUAAAGUCUCCUCCGACACCUACAAAUAUGUGUUUAGCCUACCGAAGCCUGACUCCAUCCUCGGCCUGCCAACUGGACAACACGUCUAUAUUCGUCAUGAAAACAACGAAGGAAAAAUGGUGAGUCGGAGCUAUACUCCGACCUCAAGCAACACCGAUCGGGGUCGUAUGGAGCUGGUCGUUAAAACCUAUGAGAAAGGUUUCAUGUCACAGUAUCUGAAAAACUUGAAAAUCAACGAAAAAGCCGAUUUUCGGGGGCCCGGUGGGAAGAUGAAAUAUUCCCGAUAUCUCGCCAAAGAGAUAGGCAUGAUAGCUGGCGGUACAGGAAUUACGCCGAUGUUCAGCAUAAUCAAAGCCGUUUGCAUGAACGACAAGGAUGACACAAAAAUCAGCUUGCUAUACGCCAACAAGACGGAAGAGGAUAUCCUGCUUCGGGAAGAACUCGAUCGGUACGCCAAAGAGCACCCCGAUAAGUUCAAGGUUUGGUACGUGCUAGGUUCAGCACCAGAGGGUUGGGAAUAUGGCACUGGACAUAUCGACAAAGAAAUGGCCAAAAAUCAGCUGCCUGCCCCCAACGGUGAUGAGUCGAAGAUCCUUCUCUGCGGGCCUCCGGGACUACAAACGGCAAUGACCGAUAGCCUGGUCGAACUAGGCUUUCAUCGCCCAAGUGCUAUUGCACGAAUCACCGAUGAAAUCUUCAUAUUUUGA